AUGCAACCCCAGUGCAUCAGCGUCAAAUUUUGCAUGGGUGGCAUAGUGGAGGACAAGUUCUCUGCCUCACAGACCAUCAUCAGCAUAUACCUCAAGUCAAAAUUCCAUUCCCAAGAGGGAAAUUCAUUCCCCUGGUGUGGGAUAUCUAUUCACUUUGAAGACAGUGACAACGCCAAGAUUUCAGCCUGA